ACUCCUUCCCCUUCCCCCACCACCUUAUUCGGGCAUCUUCCCCCUUCCUUUCCAGUCCUGAUGAAGGGUCUCGGUCCAAAAUGUCAACUGUUGAUUCAUUUCCAUAGAUUAGUGGUCGCCAACCCAUCGAUCGUGAUCGACUGGUCGAUCUUUGAGACUUUUCCAUUAGAUCCUGAAAAAAAGGGAAAAAUAAAUACACAAAUACUGUUGAGAGGUUGUUUCUGGGUUGUGAGGUUUUAGUUCCGUUCUUUCUGCCCAGUGCGCAUGCGUGUAGCUCCCCCGCUACACAGUGUACUUCAGUGGUCCCCAACCACCGGGCCACGAGGUAACGAUAUGAGUCAGUUGCACCUUUCCUCAAUCGCUGUCACGGUCACUGUUGAACUUGAAUGCACGUGAGGUAAUCAGUCGCCUAAACGCAGUGAUACUCUUGGGCGGCUGGCAAGAAGUGCUGUUGCUACUGGCCUGGAGUGCGGACAGAUGGGCGCCGCCUCUGAACCUGUUUAGCACACCGAAUGUUCGUGGGGAACCCGGUGCUAAAAUAUUUGCGGACAACUUAAUUCGGGCUCAAGGUUUCAUAAGCAGCAGAGCAGCUACCGCACUGCGAUCUACUGAAACAAACUUUUGUCGGCCGAUAGAUCCUACAAGGGGGUGCGGUCGCGUGUCCUGUCGCUCUCCUCACUCGGUCAGUCGCUCUCUCCGGACUGCGACUGCCGCGGCCCCAGCACGGGGACCUCCGGCCCUGACCUUGUCCUCUCACCCCACCCACGACCAGCCACACCUGGCCAGGGCAUCUGGCGGUGGGCAGGCAGAGGCUGGAGUUCGGGCCGGGAGGCUGCCUAAUGAGACAAUGAAGCCCUCAAAACUGCUUCAGCACCUUGAGUCCAAGCACCCUGCACUUAAAGACAAACCUGUUGAAUUUUUUCAGCAGAAAAUACAUGAGCAGCACGGGACAGCAGCUAAGUGCCGCAAAAACUAAGUUGCGGAAUAGACUGGACAUAAGGAACCUGCUUCGAGUAUCGCUGUAUUCCCGUCGUGUUUAACACCUCCCCCCCCCCCCCCGGGUUGACCGGUCCAGAAGAAUAUUGUCGAUAUUAAACCGGUCCGCGGUGCAAAAAAAGGGUGGGGACCCCUGGUGUUUACACAUUAUUUCUACUUCUGGGUUGCGGGGUUUUACUUCCGGUCUUUUCUGCCCCAGUGCGCAUGCGUUCAACUAAUCGAUCUGGGGUCGAUCUCGCCUUUUACUAAGGCUGAGGUAGGGGAUUUUGGGCUUAAAAAGGUUGGUGACCACUACCAUAGAUCCUGCCUGACCUGCUGAGUCCCACCACCGUUUUGUGUGUGUCGCUCUCAACUUCCAUCAUCUGCAGAAUCUCUUGUGUUUAGAAUGGGGAAGAAAUAUGAUCUUGGUGACUUUGACCCUGAAUGAUUAGUGGUGCCGGGGGAGGGGGUGGUUGGAAUAUGGCAGAAACUCUUUGGAUUUUCAUGCACAGCAGCCCCUGGAGUUUACAGAGAAUGGUGCAAAAAUACAUCCAGUGAGUGGCAAUUCUGUGGGUGAAAAGACUUUGUUGAUGAGAGAGGUCAAAAGAGAAUGGCCAGACUGGUUCAAGAUGACAGGAAGGUGACAGUAACCGAAUAACCAGAGCGUUCUAUGGGGCACUGGUGAGACCCCAUUUGGAAUACUGUGUGCAGUUUUGGGCCCCCUAUCUUAGAAAGGAUGUACUGAUGUUGCAGAGAGUUUAGUGAAGAUUCACGAGGAUGAUUCCUGGAAUGCAGGGACUAACGUAUGAGGAACGUUUGUCGGCUCUUGGACAGUAUUCAUUAGAGUAUAGAAGAAUGAGAGGGGAUCUCAUAGAAACAUUUCGAAUGUUGAAAGGGCUGGACAGAGUAGAUGUGGAAAGGCUGUUUCCUUUGGUGGGUGAGUCCAGGACAAGAGGCCACAGUCUUAGAAUUAGAGGGUACCCAUUUAAAACAGAGAUGAGGAGAAAUUUUUUUAGGCAGAGGGUCGUGGAUUUAUGGAAUUCGUUGCCACAUACAGGUGUGGAGGCCCAAGCAUUGAGGGUGUUUAAGGAGGAGAUUGAUAGGUAUCUAAUUAGGCAGGGUAACAAGGGAUAUGGGGAAAAAGCUGGAAAUUGGAACUAGGUGGGAGAAUAGUUUAGCUCAUGGUGGAGUGGUGGAGCAGACUCGAUGGGCUGAAUGGCCUACUUCUGCUCCUUUGUCUUGUGAGUUACGACAGUGGUGUGCGGAAGAGUAUCUCUGAAUGCUCAAUGUGUUGAACCUUGAAGAGGAUGAGCUGCAGCAGCAGAAGUCAACGAAUGUGCGCACAAUGACCACUUCACUGGCCACAGGAGGGACCUAAUGAGUGGCCUCUGAGUGUAAUUGAGUGAAGUGGAAGGGUGGGUUCGUAAGUUUGCAGAUGACAUGAAGAUUGGUGGCAUUGUGGAAAACUGCCAUAGGUUAUAAUGGAAUGUUGACAGGAUGUAGACUGGGCUGAGAGGUGGCAGAGACAGCGCGAUCCUGGAAAGUGAGGUUGUACUUUAAAGCAGAGUACAAAGUUAAUGGCAGGGUUCUUAGCAGUGUGGAGGAACAAAGGGAUCUUGGGGUCCAGCACCAUCUGUGUUCAUCUCUUUCCAACUAACAUCACUAAAACAGCUUAAGUGAUCACUGUCAAGUUGAUAACAGUGUCAGGUAAUCUGGCUGCGAUCGCUGUGCUGUUUGUGAGAUCUUGCUGUGCACAGAUUGCUGCCCGCAGUAGCGACUCUGUUUAGCGCCCGCUGUGUGAGAGGAGCCGUGGUCCUUGGCGUUCCUCAGCUGCAGAACGAUGUGAAUCGGUGGAGAAGAUGGAGGCUUACUUCACCAAGCUGGGAUUGUGCUCUGGGUCACAGCUGAGUCUUUGUAAAUGUCAGAAGAGGAAUUUACAUACACACUGCAGCUCAUCAAACCCACAGAAUAAUCCAAGUGACUUCUGUGAAGGUUUUCUGAGGUGCUGUUGCCAAUGGAAAUGAUUUGGCAUUUCUCCUUCAGCUGGAAAUCUGAAGCAAGAAGUGUUUAAACCCCAGGGCCUGAGGCUGGGAUGUUGGCCAGGGCUGGGACACCAGGGUCUUCGUUCCUGCUAGACCUUUGCAUUCCCUGCAGGACCCUGAUUCAAGCCACAGCACAUUGGGGUUAGCUCACAGCUCCCAAGUCCUUGGGUUCAUCGCUGACUGUGUGGAGAUUCCAGAAUCGGAUUGAUCUGUCACAUCUACAUUGAACAAUGGAGUGCAAUGCAUCAUUUCUACAAAAAAAACCGACAUGUCCAAAGCUGUACCGGAGGCAGCCUGCAAGUGUGGCCUCGUGUUCUGGCGCCAACGGGUCCUACCCACAAUGCCCGGCAGAACAAGCCCGUGCACUCUCUCUGUCUCUGGAUUUCCCCUGUGCUCUGGUCCCUCCCACAUCCUGGACAUGGGUGGGUUAAUACGUUAGUUGGCUGCCAAAUUCCCCCUCGUUUUUAGGUCAGCAAUAGAAUCUGGAGGGAAGCGAUGGGAAUAUGUAGAGACUAAAAUUAGAUUAGUGUAGGAUUAACGUGAAUGGGUGGUUGAUGGCCAGCAAGACCAUUGGUGGCUUAUAGGGCCUGACUCUUUGACCCAACGGCCUGUCCAACCACUUCCAAAAGAUGACACUCCCAGAGUUUGGCACUCCCCACUGCUGCCUAGAGUGCCAAACUUGAAUGAGUACUUUACCUCCCACAACCUCCUGCCUGACAGGUGAGAAUGUGACUAAGCACUUUAUUAUUCUGUACAGGGAAGGGCCAGGGUGGUUGGAUAUUAGAAAGCAACAAAUAAAGGAGAAAUCUCUGAGCUGAGAGUGGGAUCUGGUUUCCAAAGAGCCAUUACGGGCACAGUGGGGCGAAUGGCUGCGGCUGUGUCACGACAAUGCUAGAACAGGAUUCAGAGGAAACAGCAUCAGUGACUUGUUUUUCUUUAAUCCCAUUCUCUGUGUGUUGGUCGAAUCUGGGUUUGCCCAGGGCCGUGUGUUGGGUCUAACCUGGUCUUGUCCUUUCUGCUGUGAGGGUCUUGUGGUACUUUCUGCAGCCCAAGAUCAGAGCCAGUGACAGACCCCCACCUGCUCACCUCUUUCCCAGAGUCCUGUAGUAAAUGUUGCUACAGCCAGAGAAGUUUUUCCCUGCCCUGGUCUCACAGACACUGGGAGGGUGUAUAACUAUCUUAAUGAAUCAUUGAUUUAAUCUCAAUUGAAAAACUCCAAAGAUGUGGCCCUGGAGUCCCAUAAUCAGCUUAUCAAUAUUGGUGAUUCUCUUCUUGCUGUUAUCAUCAGGAAGGAAGGUAUAGGGGCCUCAGGACUCAUACCAGGUUCAGGAACACAUUACCCCUCAACCAUCAGGCCCUUGAACCAAAGGGGAUAACUUCACUUGCCCCAACAUGGAAACAUUCCCACAACCUAGGACUCAAUUUCAAGGACUCUUCAUCUCAUGUUCUCAAUAUUUAUUGCUUGUUUAUUUAUUUAUUGCUAUUGUUUCUUUCUUUUUGUAUCUGUUGCCUUUUGCACACUGAUGGAGCGCCCAAGUUGGGUGGUCUUUCAUUAAUUCUGUUAUGGUUAUUAUUCUAUGGAUUUGUUGAAUAUGCUCGCAAGAAAGUGAAUAUCAGGGUUGUAUAUGGUGAUCUUUACUUUGAACUUUGAUUCCUCCUGUGUCCCGUGUCUAUCGAUGUGGUCCACAGAGAUUCAUUCUCAGUCUUGUAUCUGUGGAAAAAGCCGCCAAUUUAAUGCCACUGUUCAUAUAUUUGUUGCUGGGAUUGUGUGCCCAGUAGGGCUCUCAUUUCAUGCCAUCCCUGACUAUCCUCUGGACCAUCUUCAGGUGGGGUGGCAGUAUUGCAUCAUAACUCCCUUGACCUGGGUUCAGCCUUGACCUCGGGAUUUGCCUGUGAGGAGUUUUCAUGUCCUCUCUGAUGAAGAGUCCCAGUCUGAAGCAUUGACGGUUCAUUCCACUCCAGAGGUGAGGAGUGUCCCAGCAUUUUGUGUGUGUUGCUUUGGAUUUCCAACAUCUGCACCAUCUCUUGUAUUUGCACAGGGUGUUGUCUUUUGUACACUGAAUGUCUAGGUUGAUGUGGUCUAUCAUUGCUUUUAUUAUGGUUAUUAUUCUGCUUUUGAUUGAUUGAGUAUGCCCAUAAGAAAAUCAAUCUCAGGGUAGUAUACGGUGACAUAGAAUGUUACAGCACAGAAACAGGCCUUUUGGCCCUUCUUGGCUGUGCUGAACCAUUUUUCUGCUUAGUCCCACUGACCUGCACCUGGCCCAUAUCCCUCCCUACACCUCUCAUCCAUGUAUCUGUCCAAGUUUUUCUUAAAUGUUAAAAGUGAGCCCACAUUUACCACUUCAUCUGGCAGCUCAUUCCGCACUCCCACCACUCUCUGUGUGAAGAAGCCCCCGCUAAUGUUCCCUUUAAACUUUUCCCCCUUCACCCUUAACCCAUGUCCUCUUUUUUUUCUCCCCUAGCCUCAGUGGAAAAAGCCUGCUUGCAUUCACUCUAUCUAUACCCAUCAUAAUUUUAUAUCCCUCUAUCAGAUCUCCCCUCAUUCUUCUAUGCUCCAGGGAAUAAAGUCCUAACCUAUUCAACGUUUCUCUGUAACUCAGUUUCUCAAGUCCUGGCAACAUCCUUGUAAACCUUCUCUGCACUCUUUCAACGUUAUUAAUACCCUUCCUGUAAUGUACUUGGAUAAUAAAUUUACUCUGAAGAUACCCAGAUGGUUAAUGGUCAGCAGAGACUCAAUGGGCUGAAAGGUCUGUUUCCUGUGAUUCAGUGAGUUAGGAGUCAGCCAUGUUGGUGGAUUUGCAUUUGGACAGAGUGUAGACCAGGUAGAGUUAUUGUGUUUCCUUCUGCACAGAAGAAAAGCGGCUUUGUCGGCUGAUAGAUUCCGGAUCAGCAUUACUACCACUGACCUUUUUCCCCCAAUUUAUUUCAGGGUCUCUGCUGACCGGCAGCCUCCUGUUUACCUUUAAAGUUCAAAGCUCAAAGUAAAUUUAUUAUCCAAUUAUAUAUAUGUCAUCGUAUACAACAGCUCUGAAUUUAGGUUAUUGCCACAGAAGGAGGGGGUUUGCAGCACACAUCUCCAGAUCAAUGCUUUAGGUCCCCGCAGACCUGUCUGUGAUGGCACCAUUCCCAUUGUGAGCGGUAAGAAUUUGCUAUUAAGUAUUACUAGUCCAUGCUCAUCAAAGCGGAUUUUAUUGUGUGCACAGUGCAAUGGAGAACGUGCUUUUCAGCAGCAUCACAGGCACCCAGCAGCUUCAUGAGAAAAACAGAAGUGGCACACAUUUUUGACAAGAAAUAACACAAUUUUCUCAUUGUGCAAAAUGGCCGCAGCGUUGCUAUAGCGACAUGGUGUUUAGGCUGUGCCGGUUGGUUCAAGUACUGAAUGGUUGAAGGGAAGAAGCUGUUUUUGAACCCAGUGGUGUGGGACUUCAGAUUCCUGUACCUCCUGCAAGAAGAUAGCAUGGCCCAGAUGAUGGGGGUCUUUCGUAAUGGAUCUUGCCCUCUUGAUGCAGAAGAUACUUGCGAAGGAGUUUGCCGUCCUCACGAAGGAGCUGAACUUGUGCCGGGAGCAACUUCUGGAGAGGGAGGAGGAGAUCGCAGAGCUGAAGGCGGAGAGGAACAAUACGCGGCUGCUGCUGGAGCACCUGGAGUGCCUGGUGUCGCGGCACGAACGCUCCCUCAGGAUGACGGUGGUGAAGCGCCAGGCCCAGUCUCCCGCCGGCGUCUCCAGCGAGGUCGAGGUGCUCAAGGCCCUGAAGUCUCUCUUCGAACACCACAAAGCUUUAGAUGAGAAGGUUCGGGAGAGACUGCGAGUGGCCCUGGAAAGGGUCUCAAUUCUGGAAGAGGAGUUGGAAUCGACAGCCCAGGAUAGGCUGGCGAACGGUACGGCGCUGUCCGGCGACGGUGACUCAGAGUGCCAUGACCUGAUCGAGAGGCAGAGCACAGAACUUCUGCAGAUGAGGGAGCGGCUGGCCGCCCUCUGCCGGAAGGUGGCCGAGGUGGAGGAUGAGCUCAGCACCGCGCGCAAGGAUCUCAUCAAGUCGGAGGAGGCCAACACCAAACUCCAGCGGGACUUGAAAGAGGCCUUAGCACAACGGGAGGACAUGGAAGAGAGAAUAACAACCCUGGAAAAACGUUACCUCAGCGCCCAGCGGGAAGCGACGUCUCUGCACGAUGCUAACGACAAGCUGGAGAAUGAGCUGGCGAGCAAGGAGUCCCUCUACAAACAGAGCGAAGACAAGAACCGCCAGCUCCAGGAGUGGCUCGACUCCUCCAAGCAGAAGCUGCAGCAGACCCUGCGGAAGGCAGAGACCCUCCCCGAGGUGGAGGCAGAACUGGCUCAGCGUGUGGCCGCCCUCAACAAGGCCGAGGAGAGGCAUGGGAACAUAGAGGAGCGGCUGUGCCAACUGGAAGCAGAGCUGGAGGAGAAGAACCAGGAGCUGCAAAGGGCUCGGCAGAGGGAGAAAAUGAACGAUGAGCACAACAAGCGUCUGUCCGAGACAGUCGACAAACUGCUCUCCGAGUCCAAUGAGCGGCUGCAGCUGCAUCUGAAGGAGAGGAUGGCCGCGCUGGAGGAGAAGAAUACACUCAGUCAGGAGCUGUCUAACGUCAAAAAAGCCCAUGAAGAGGUGCUGAUGAACAAGGAGCAGCUGAUGACAGAGGUGGAGAGGAUGCAGACGGAGCUGGAACAGCUACGGACGAAGGCCGGGGUCCGCGAUGCUUAUUCCAGGUCCCUCCCGGGCAGUGCAUCAGAACUACGCUAUUCCCACAGCUCUGGAGUUUCGAUGAGCAGUCACGUGGACAUCUAUAGCACGACUGGGGUCCUUCGCAGGCCCCACAAAGGCCGCUGGGCAGCUCUGAAGGAUGAUCCUUCCAAGGUGCAGACUCUGAACGAACAGGAGUGGGAACGAGCCCAACAGGCCAACGUCCUGGCGAACGUGACCCAGGCCUUUGAGAGCGACGUUGAUGGUUCGGACAUCGACGACGACGAUAGGGAGACGAUAUUCAGCUCUGCUGACAUCCUGUCUCCCAGUGGCCAGACAGAUGUUCAGACACUCGCUCUGAUGCUCCAGGAACAGCUGGAAGCCAUCAACAAGGAAAUCCGGAUGAUUCAGGAGGAGAAGGAGACCACGGAACUGCGGGCGGAAGAGAUCGAGAGUCGGGUGGGCAGCGGGACCCUGGAGGGUCAGCAGUCCAGCCGCUAUCGCACAGCCGCUACCCUCCCGCACUCGGUUACUGCCUCCACCCUCGCCAGCCCGUCGCCGCCCAACAGUGGACACUCCACCCCCAGGAUGACUCCGCACAGCCCAGCCCGAGAGUGUGACCGGCUCAGUAUCGGGAACGCGAACUCCCUGAGUCGGGAAGACUCCCGUGAAGACAAGACCACCAUCCAGUGCGAGACGUCCCCUCCGCCGACCCCUCGCGCCGUGCGACUGGAGCGGGUCUCCCAGGCUCUGCAGGCCAGUGCCCUGGACGACGGCCGCGAGCCUCGCGGUCUGUCAGGUUUCCACGAUGGCUUGGGCAGCAGCAGCAGCAACAGCAGUCAGGACUCCCUGCACAAGCUGCCCAAGAAGAAGAGCAUCAAGUCAUCGAUUGGCCGGCUGUUUGGAAAGAAGGAGAAAGGUCGGCUGGGGCACGGAGUCAGGGACUCUCCGUCACAAGCAGGGACACCGGACGCGGAGGUCUCUCCGCAAGACACCCUGGGGCUCUCGAAACUGGGAGGACCGGUGGACAAAGACCGAAGGAAUAAGAAAAAACAUGAGCUGCUGGAAGAAGCCUGUCGUCAGGGACUCCCGUUUGCCUCCUGGGAUGGACCCACCGUCGUGGCGUGGCUGGAGCUGUGGGUUGGAAUGCCCGCCUGGUACGUGGCUGCCUGCAGGGCCAACGUCAAGAGCGGGGCCAUCAUGUCAGCCUUGUCCGACACGGAGAUCCAGCGGGAGAUCGGGAUCAGUAACCCCCUGCACAGGCUUAAGCUCCGCCUGGCCAUCCAGGAGAUGGUGUCUCUCACCAGCCCCUCGGCCCCCACCACAUCGCGAAUGAACACGGGCAAUGUGUGGGUGACCCACGAGGAGAUGGAGUCCUUGGCCGCAGCCACAAAGACGAUCUUGGCCCACGGAGACAUGAACCACGAGUGGGUGGGAAACGACUGGCUUCCCAGCCUUGGCUUGCCGCAGUACCGCAGUUACUUCAUGGAGUCUCUGGUCGACGCCCGCAUGCUGGACCACCUCACCAAGAAGGAGCUUCGCGGCCAGCUGAAGAUGGUGGACAGUUUCCACAGGAUCAGUCUCCACUACGGCAUCAUGUGUCUGAAGCGGCUAAACUACGACAAGAAGGAACUGGAGAGCAAACGAGAGGAGAGUUUGUCGCAAGUGAAGGACGUGAUGGUGUGGACAAAUGACCGGAUGAUGGCGUGGGUCCAGGCGAUCGGGCUGAAGGAAUACAGCAAUAACCUGCAGGAGAGCGGGGUGCAUGGGGCUCUCAUCGCCCUGGACGACACCUUCGACCACAACGACAUUGCACUGCUGCUGCAGAUCCCGAUGCAGAACACGCAGGCUCGUCAGAUAUUGGAAAAUGAGUUCAACAACCUCUUGCUUCAAGGAACGGAUAGACGACAUGAAGAGGGCGACGCCAAGAACUUCAGCCGAGCCCCGUCGUGGCGCAAGCGGUUCCGGGCAAAAGAGAUGCGUGAUAUGACAUCGGACACGUCGGAAACGCUCCCCGCCAACUUCCGGGUGACGGCAGCAGCCAUUGCUUCACAGAGCGUCCAGCUGCGGAAGGUGCAGGCAGACAGUGCCGCCUCAGGGACUCCGCGGGCCGACACCCCAUCAAUCCGGACGUAUUCAUGCUAACAGCACUCAGCAGAUUCUGAGUGUUGGGUUGAGCAGCUGUCGGGGUGUGUGCACCAUCACAGGAAGGAGCAACGGGCAAGCAAACCUCAUCCGAUUUGCUGAGAGCAAAAGACUUUCUUCGUGUCGAGGAAGAGCAGGCGAGAGCCCAGAGAGACUCCGAGAUCACGAUUGCGACGCUGCCUUGUUUUUUGUUCUCCUGUUACUCUGUGGGUUCCAGAUCAGAGCUCGGAGCCCCUACAGUGCAGAGCCUGUCUGGUUUGUUCAGGUGGCUGGCAGGGUGCACGCUGAUGGGGAAGGUCCACACCAGUUUAAAGCGUCAUUCGGUUCGGGAUGUAAAUAGAACGACCCUGCCCCCGUACUCCCUCGCCGAGGCUGGGGUUUUAUUUGUGUGAGUGUGAGUAUGUGUGUGUGAAUUUCAGAGGCAUCCGUGCUGAAGACCUUGAACCUUAUUUUUCAAUCCCGUUGCCUGCCCUCAGCAUUUAGAGUUGGACAUCUCCCACCCCCACCCGUUCCCACCCUCUGUACCCGGACAGCAGUCUUUGAACAAUGGGCUUGAGAGGGGCGCGAGUUUAGGGCAACCCAGGAACACCGAAUAGCUCUUCGAAAUUGUCAGCUCGCCUGUCCGCAGGCCGGCUGGAGCUUGUCUCCCGACCUGAGAGCGUGCGACGGGAGCUUCACCCUGUCUUUAGCCCUGCUCUGGGAUCGCUCGGUGGGACGGCGUAGAGGGAGCGUUACUCGGCACCUAACCAUUACUGUUCUGGUCGCCUCCUCGGUGCUGGCCCCCGGAGCUGGGUGGUUGGGUCCCUGGGCGCUGCAGGUUCCGGAGCGAUGGGGCGGGAGAGAGCGCGGUGCUAAACCCAGCCCGAGUCUGGACCAAGGCGUGGGUGUCAGCUUCUGCCCGGGGCUUGGCGCAGCCUCACCCACUCUCGUCUCUCCCCCUUCUGUGGCCACUGAGGGCUGCCUUAACCCUCGCAGCUCAGGCUGUGCUGCCCCAGGUACAAAUUCAAUUGGCCAUGGAGUAUUGUCGAGGUGACUGACUGGUUACAUUUAAUACCUCUCCCACUCCUCACCAGUGCCGUGCGGAGCGGAACCUUGGUUUUAAUUUAUAUCGAUAUUGAGCAUGCGUGUAUCUCAAGGACUCUCCUGCUUAAGGAAGUUUCGUUGCCGGAGCACGGGGUCCUGUUGUCCGAGGGGGUGGAGUGGGUUCCCGCAGGGAAGCAGAGACGACAGCCGGGUCAGCUGUCCCCAGUACCCGGGAUUGCCUUAUGCAUUACACCGGGACCAGGAGAACAGCACAACAGGGGCCUCUCCUCUGGCUGAUAAGACGGGGUAACUGCAGAGGAAAUCGUCCCACUCCCUAUUAGAGAUCAUCCCCCGCCCCACCCUCGGCAACUUUCUAAUGCCCCUGCUCUCCCCUCCCUCUACCCCCAGCACAUCUCAUGCUGAAACCACAAUAGCCUGAGGGAGUCCUUGUGUGAAGUAUGGCCAGUUUAAUUCUUGUUGUACAUGUAAAUCAGGCUUUGCUGUUAACGCAUUGAAUGGUUUCAAACCUUUCAGUGUUUCUUUUGUAAAUGGACAAUUACUGUAUUUAUUUAACUUGUGCAAUGUUCUGUCAUUGUUCUGGAACAUUUUUUGACUUUUUUUUGUUCAUUUUUACUCUUUACUUGGAACGAGGAAAAGACUCUCCCUUUUUAUAUGUCAGCCCGACGCACUUCAUCGUCACGUCUAUUUUUUAUUUAAUUUAUUAGUGCCACGCGCGUUUCCAGGUGAGUGAAAUUGUAUUUAAUGUAUUUACAUAAAGGUCUGUGUCAAAACUUC